UUGAAGAAAACCCGAAGUAAUGGGAGCGAUUUUGGGAGCAGCUAUCUUAGAGAAAAGGGAGCGAUUUUUGCCAAAAAAUUAAUAAAAAUCAUUGAAAAAAAUCAAAAAAUUUUAUAUUCAGCGCAUCGAAUCACACGUGUAUCCUCCUGUUUUGCGUAUUGGCACUACGGUCACGGUGAAACGUAUGGCAUCAACGUUGUGUCGGCCGAUGAUUGCGAUCGUUUCUGCAAACUCAUCAAAGAUGGCUGCUGCCUGGAAGAAUGGAAUCCACGUGAAGUAGCACGUUGCUGCACUGCAUCUCAGUCUUCGAUGCCAACCACGAUUGCUGCACAUAUCAUGAAAAUUUUCGAAGUGGAUAAAGGAAUUAUCAAAUCACGCACCGGACCUUUCGCCGAGUGCAUUAUCAAGAUCACACAAAACGGGGCUUUGGUUCGACUUAACGGCAAAGAUUUUUCACUAAAUUUGUUCUUUGUGAAAUCUGGUGGGCAGAUGUUUUUCAGCUCGGAAUUUCCGGACAUAUUUCGUUGCCUAGGCAAAGUGCAAAUGCAAUUGCAUUUUAACGAGCAUAAACCAAUGGAAUACUUCUUGUUACUGAACGAAGCUAUAUACACAAUUUUGUUGGACUGAUU